AAGAAGAAGAAGAAGAAGAAGAAGAAGAAGAAGAAGAAGAAGAAGAAGAAGAAGAAGAAGCAGCUACUUCCGCAGGAAGUAGAGGUGCUGAGGGUGCUGCACCACCUCCUGAAAAAUAUCAACUAAAGAAAUAUAUGAAUUAAAACAAUAAAAUAAUUGGAAAGAAAUGUGCCGUUGUAUCGUUUGUUUCGCUCACCAAGUGAGGAGUUUUUGUAUGGAGGUCAAUGAGAGUGUUGAAUUUGUUCAACAAAAAAUGUAAUGGCUUAUUUGAGGUUUAUUUGAUCUAAUAGAAGUUUCGUAAUGCUUAGGUUGUUAAGAGUGUACUGAUAUACAGUGGGGAAAAAAAGUAUUUAGUCAGCCACCAAUUGUGCAAGUUCUCCCACUUAAAAAUAUGAGAGAGGCCUGUAAUUUUCAUCAUAGGUACACGUCAACUAUGACAGAGAAAAUGAGGGAAAAAAAUCCAGAAAUUCACAUUGUAGGAUUUUUAAUGAAUUUAUUUGCAAAUUAUGGUGGAAAAUAAGUAUUUGGUCAAUAACAAAAGUUUCUCAAUACUUUGUUAUAUACCCUUUGUUGGCAAUGACACAGGUCAAACGUUUUCUGUAAGUCUUCACAAGGUUUUCACACACUGUUGCUGGUAUUUUGGCCCAUUCCUCCAUGCAGAUCUCCUCUAGAGCAGUGAUGUUUUGGGGCUGUCGCUGGGCAAUACGGACUUUCAACUCCCGCCAAAGAUUUUCUAUGGGGUUGAGAUCUGGAGACUGGCUAGGCCACUCCAGGACCUUGAAAUGCUUCUUACGAAGCCACUCCUUCGUUGCCCGGGCGGUGUGUUUGGGAUUAUUGUCAUGCUGAAAGACCCAGCCACGUUUCAUCUUCAAUGCCCUUGCUGAUGGAAGGAGGUUUUCACUCAAAAUCUCAUGAUACAUGGCCCCAUUCAUUCUUUCCUUUACACGGAUCAGUCGUCCUGGUCCCUUUGCAGAAAAACAGCCCCAAAGCAUGAUGUUUCCACCCCCAUGCUUCACAGUAGGUAUGGUGUUCUUUGGAUGCAACUCAGCAUUCUUUGUCCUCCAAACACGACGAGUUGAGUUUUUACCAAAAAAUUAUAUUUUGGUUUCAUCUGACAUUCUCCCAAUCCUCUUCUGGAUCAUCCAAAUGCACUCUAGCAAACUUCAGACGGGCCUGGACAUGUACUGGCUUAAGCAGGGGGACACGUCUGGUACUGCAGGAUUUGAGUCCCUGGCAGCGUAGUGUGUUACUGAUGGUAGGCUUUGUUACUUUGGUCCCAGCUCUCUGCAGGUCAUUCACUAGGUCCCCCCGUGUGGUUCUGGGAUUUUUGCUCACCGUUCUUGUGAUCAUUUUGACCCCACAGGGUGAGAUCUUGCGCGGAGCCCCAGAUCGAGGGAGAUUAUCAGUGGUCUUGUAUGUCUUCCAUUUCCUAAUAAUUGCUCCCACAGUUGAUUUCUUCAAACCAAGCUGCUUACCUAUUGCAGAUUCAGUCUUCCCAGCCUGGUGCAGGUCUACAAUUUUGUUUCUGGUGUCCUUUGACAGCUCUUUGGUCUUGGCCAUAGUGGAGUUUGGAGUGUGACUGUUUGAGGUUGUGGACAGGUGUCUUUUAUACUGAUAACAAGUUCAAACAGGUGCCAUUAAUACAGGUAACGAGUGGAGGACAGAGGAGCCUCUUAAAGAAGAAGUUACAGGUGUGUGAGAGCCAGAAAUCUUGCUUGUUUGUAGGUGACCAAAUACUUAUUUUCCACCAUAAUUUGCAAAUAAAUUCAUUAAAAAUCCUACAAUGUGAUUUUCAGGAAUUUUUUUUCUCAUUUUGUCUGUCAUAGUUGACGUGUACCUAUGAUGAAAAUUACAGGCCUCUCUCAUCUUUUUAAGUGGGAGAACUUGCACAAUUGGUGGCUGACUAAAUACUUUUUUUCCCCACUGUACAGUGGGGAGAACAAGUAUUUGAUACACUGCCGAUUUUGCAGGUUUUCCUACUUACAAAGCAUGUAGAGGUCUGUCAUUUCUAUCACGGGUACACUUCAACUGUGAGAGACGGAAUCUAAAACAAAAAUCCAGAAAAUCACAUUGUAUGAUUUUUAAGUAAUGAAUUUGCAUUUCAUUGCAUGACAUAAGUAUUUGAUACAUCAGAAAAGCAGAACUUAAUAUUUGGUACAGAAACUUUUGUUUGCAAUUACAGAGAUCAUAUGUUUCCUAUAGGUCUUGACCAGGUUUGCACACACUGCAGCAGGGAUUUUGGCCCACUCCUCAAUACAGACCUUCUCCAGAUCCUUCAGGUUUUGGGGCUGUCAAUGGGCAAUACGGACUUUCAGCUCCCUCCAAAGAUUUUCUAUUGGGUUCAGGUCUGGAGACUGGCUAGGCCACUCCAGGACCUUGAGAUGCUUCUUACGGAGCAACUCCUUAGUUGCCCUGGCUGUGUGAUUCGGGUCGUUGUCAUGCUGGAAGACCCAGCCACGACCCAUCUUCAAUGCUCUUACUGAGGGAAGGAGGUUGUUGGCCAAGAUCUCACGAUACAUGGCCCCAUCCAUCCUCCCCUCAAUACGGUGCAGUCGUCCUGUCCCCUUUGCAGAAAAGCAUCCCCAAAGAAUGAUGUUUCCACCUCCAUGCUUCACAGUUGGGAUGGUGGUCUUGGGGUUGUACUCAUCCUUCUUCUUCCUCCAAACACGGCGAUUCGAGUUUAGACCAAAAAGCUCUAUUUUUGUCUCAUCAGACCACAUUACCUUCUCCCAUUCCUCCUCUGGAUCAUCCAGAUGGUCAUUGGCAAACUUCAGACGGGCCUGGACAUGCGCUGGCUUGAGCAGGGGGACCUUGCGUGCGCUGCAGGAUUUUAAUCCAUGACGGCGUAGUGUGUUACUAAUGGUUUUCUUUGAGACUGUGGUCCCAGCUCUCUUCAGGUCAUUGACCAGGUCCUGCCGUGUAGUUCUGGGCUGAUCCCUCACCUUCCUCAUGAUCAUUGAUGCCCCACGAGGUGAGAUCUUGCAUGGAGCCCCAGACCGAGGGUGAUUGACCGUCAUCUUGAACUUCUUCCAUUUUCUAAUUAUUGCGCCAACAAUUGUUGCCUUCUCACCAAGCUGCUUGCCUAUUGUCCUGUAGCCCAUCCCAGCCUUGUGCAGGUCUACAAUUUUAUCUCUGAUGUCCUUACACAGCUCUCUGGUCUUGGCCAUUGUGGAGAGGUUGGAGUCUGUUUGAUUGAGUGUGUGGACAAGUGUCUUUUAUACAGGUAACGAGUUCAAACAUGUGCAGUUAAUACAGGUAAUGAGUGGAGAACAGGAGGGCUUCUUAAAGAAAAACUAGCAGGUCUGUGAGAGCCGGAAUUCUUACUGGUUGGUAGGUGAUCAAAUACUUAUGUCAUGCAAUAAAAUGCAAAUUAAUUACUUAAAAAUCAUACAAUGUGAUUUUCUGGAUUUUUGUUUUAGAUUCCGUCUCUCACAGUUGAAGUGUACCUAUGAUAAAAAUUACAGACCUCUACAUGCUUUGUAAGUAGGAAAACCUGCAAAAUCGGCAGUGUAUCAAAUACUUGUUCUCCCCACUGUAAGUAGGACAUGUGACAUCCUCGCAACUUUGAGAGAAAACACUUUAUAUAGGCUAUGCAUAUUCAUGACAUGAGGCUAGUAGCCUAGCAUCUAUCUCCACUGAAUACAGGCGGUUGAUGUCAACAUCCAAUAUUCAAAAAAGUAUUACAAUAACGAGAUGUAUCCACCAAUACAAAGAGAGGAAUGGGCAGGAGCUUGACAGCCCGCCUUUCCGCUCAGUGGACAAUGAAUCCCAUUGUUAGGGUGGAAACAUAGGUAUCUCGUCAUUAUAUUGAAAUAUUUCCUUCCGUAGCGAGGUGUAACAGUGUUGCUUCUGUCCCUCUCCUCGCCCCAACCUGGGCUUGAACCAGGGAUCCUCUGCACACAUCGACAACAGUCAGCCUCUAAGAAUCGUUACCUAUUGCUCCACAAAAGCCCUGAUCCUUUCAGCGCAAGGGAAACAACUACUUCAAGGUCUCAGAGCGAGUGACAUCACCGAUUGAAACGCUACUAGCGCGCACCGCUAACUAGCUAGCCAUUUCAUAUCAGUUACAAAGGCAAUAGAACCUGUCGGGUGAUUGGUUGAGCCUUAUUGAGUGUGUGAAGUCACAUAGAUGCUCUACAGAGCCGUCUAUUUAGCUAGUUUGUAAAAAAUAAAAUAACAUACAAACGUAAACAAUCAUUAUUUUUCUAGCUUGUGCCACCGGCAUGAGCAGUUAGCACCGACCAAACGACUUGGGAAACCCAGCUUCAGCUUGAUCACCAAAUUAAAUAGGGAAAUAAAUGAAAGCCUCACCAGCUAACUACCAAUCUAUUUUAGUUUCACUGUCCGAUCAUUAAAAAAAACAAGCCCACUCAUUUUUAUUUUUACCUUUCCACAAAUUAUGUGGUAUUUGUUGCUUGAUAUGAGCAAGUUAACCCAAAUGUAUCAAAGAAUAGAUAAUGUGUCCACGAUUAGUUAGUGGCUACUGCCUGGCAAGUGAUCUAGCUAGCUAUAUUUCAGUAAUUAGCUAUCCUCCUAAAUGCAGUGGUCAGUGGAUAAACUAAGUUGAAAAUAUUUGUCGAUUACAGCCUCGAGUCUACUUGGGUAUGAUACUACAAAUUUGGCACACCUGUAUUUGGGGAGUUUCUCCCAUUCUUCUCUGCAGAUCCUUUCAAUCUCUGUCAGGUUGUAUGGGGAGCGUCGUUGCACAGCUAUUUUCAGGUCUCUCCAGAGACGUUCGAUCGGGUUCAAGUCCGGGCUCUGGCUGGAAUACUCAAGGACAUUCAGAGACUUGUCCAGAAGCCACUCUUGCGUUGUCUUGGCUGCGUGCUAACGGUCGUUGUCCUGUUGGAAGGUGAACCUUCACCCCAGUCUGAGGUCCUGAGCGCUCUGGAGCAGGAUUUCAUCAAGGAUCUCUCUGUACUUUGCUCCGUUCAUCUUUCCCUCGAUCCUGACUAGUCUCCCAGUCCCUGCCGCUGAAAAACAUCCCCACAGCAUGAUGCUGCCACCACCAUGCUUCACCGUAGGGAUGGUGCCAGGUUUCCUCCAGACGUGACGCUUGGCAUUCAGGCCAAAGAGUUCAAUCUUGGUUUCAUCAGACCAGAGAAUCUUGUUUUUCAUGGUCUGAGAGUCCUUUAGGUGCCUUUUGGCAAACUCCAACAGGGCUGUCAUGUGCCUUUUACUGAGGAGUGGCUUCCGUCUGGCCACUCUACCAUAAAGGCCUUAUUGGUGGAGUGCUGCAGAGAUGGUUGUCCUUCUUGAAGGUUCUCCCAUCUCUACAGAGGAACUUUGGAGUUCUGUCAAAGUGACCAUCAUGUUCUUGGUCACCUCCCUGAACAAGGCCCUUCUCCCCUGAUUGCUCAGUUUGGCCGGGCGGCCAGCUCUAGGAAGAGUCUUGGUGGUUCCAAACUUCUUCCAUUUAAGAAUGAUGGAGGCAUUGGGGACCUUCAAUGCUGCAUACAUUUUUUGGUACCCUUUCCCAGAUCUGUGCCUCGACACAAUCCUGUCUCUGAGAUCUACGGACAAUUCCUUCGACCUCAUGGCUUGGUUUUUGCUCUGACAUGUACUGUCAACUGUGGGACCAGAUAUAGACAGCUGUGUGCCAUUCCAAAUCAUGUCCAAUCAAUUAAAUCUACCACAGGUGGACUCCAAUCAAGUUGUAGAAACAUCUCAAUGAUGAUCAAUGGAAACAGGAUGCACCUGAGCUCAAUUUCGAGUCUCAUAGCAAAGGGUCUGAAUACCUAUGUAAAAAAGGUAUUUCAGUUUUUUAUUUGUAAUAAAUGUGCAACAAUUUCUAAAAAUGUGUUUUCGCUUUGUCGUUAUGGGGUAUUGUGUGUAGAUUGAUAGAAUAAGGCUGUAACGUAACAAAAUGUGGAAAAAGUCAAGGGGUCUGAAUAUUUUCUGAAUGCACUGUAUGUCAUGGAAAGAGCAGGUGUCCUUAAUGUUUUGUACACUCAGUGUAUAUUGUCAUACCAAAAUACUUUACAAUGUAAAAUACAAAGAUCUUAUAAUCUUCCUUCUGGUGGACACUUUGGAAAAAUACAACAACAUGUUUAUUAAAAAAGUAAAGAGAGAUGCAUGUACAUUUGGUCAAAGAAAGAAUUCUUUAUUCAUAACAAAUAUCACAAUGAAGUUAAUUAAUCAAAUUGAUCAUCCCCUUACGGAAAAAACACAUGAUUUCACAUGUGGAAAAAUUACAUGAUUUCACGUGAUGAUAUUUCACAUUACAUUUCACAUGUGGAUUUUAACAUAUGAUCACAUAACCUUUCAUGUAAAACAUGUAAAACCAUGUAAAACAUGUAAAUCAUGUAAAACCAUGUGGUUUUGGAACACUUAACAUGUGAUGAUAUUUCACAUGAAGUUUCACGUGGAUAACAAUUUUCAAAUGUGAAUAUCUUUCACAUGAGAUGUCACAGGUGAUGAACCUGAAAACAAGAAUGGGUGGUUAGGAUGUCGCCGGAAUGUAGUCACAGUGUUUUCAACUUACAUACAGUGGGGAAAAAAAGUAUUUAGUCAGCCACCAAUUGUGCAAGUUCUCCCACUUAAAAAGAUGAGAGAGGCCUGUAAUUUUCAUCAUAGGUACACGUCAACUAUGACAGACAAAAUGAGAAAAAAUUUUCCCGAAAAUCACAUUGUAGGAUUUUUAAUGAAUUUAUUUGCAAAUUAUGGUGGAAAAUAAGUAUUUGGUCACCUACAAACAAGCAAGAUUUCUGGCUCUCACACACCUGUAACUUCUUCUUUAAGAGGCUCCUCUGUCCUCCACUCGUUACCUGUAUUAAUGGCACCUGUUUGAACUUGUUAUCAGUAUAAAAGACACCUGUCCACAACCUCAAACAGUCACACUCCAAACUCCACUAUGGCCAAGACCAAAGAGCUGUCAAAGGACACCAGAAACAAAAUUGUAGACCUGCACCAGGCUGGGAAGACUGAAUCUGCAAUAGGUAAGCAGCUUGGUUUGAAGAAAUCAACUGUGGGAGCAAUUAUUAGGAAAUGGAAGAUAUACAAGACCACUGAUAAUCUCCCUCGAUCUGGGGCUCCGCGCAAGAUCUCACCCUGUGGGGUCAAAAUGAUCACAAGAACGGUGAGCAAAAAUCCCAGAACCACACGGGGGGACCUAGUGAAUGACCUGCAGAGAGCUGGGACCAAAGUAACAAAGCCUACCAUCAGUAACACACUACGCUGCCAGGGACUCAAAUCCUGCAGUACAAGACGUGUCCCCCUGCUUAAGCCAGUACAUGUCCAGGCCCGUCUGAAGUUUGCUAGAGUGCAUUUGGAUGAUCCAGAAGAGGAUUGGGAGAAUGUCAGAUGAAACCAAAAUAUAAUUUUUUGGUAAAAACUCAACUCGUCGUGUUUGGAGGACAAAGAAUGCUGAGUUGCAUCCAAAGAACACCAUACCUACUGUGAAGCAUGGGGGUGGAAACAUCAUGCUUUGGGGCUGUUUUUCUGCAAAGGGACCAGGACGACUGAUCCGUGUAAAGGAAAGAAUGAAUGGGGCCAUGUAUCAUGAGAUUUUGAGUGAAAACCUCCUUCCAUCAGCAAGGGCAUUGAAGAUGAAACGUGGCUGGGUCUUUCAGCAUGACAAUAAUCCCAAACACACCGCCCGGGCAACGAAGGAGUGGCUUCGUAAGAAGCAUUUCAAGGUCCUGGAGUGGCCUAGCCAGUCUCCAGAUCUCAACCCCAUAGAAAAUCUUUGGCGGGAGUUGAAAGUCCGUAUUGCCCAGCGACAGCCCCAAAACAUCACUGCUCUAGAGGAGAUCUGCAUGGAGGAAUGGGCCAAAAUACCAGCAACAGUGUGUGAAAACCUUGUGAAGACUUACAGAAAACGUUUGACCUGUGUCAUUGCCAACAAAGGGUAUAUAACAAAGUAUUGAGAAACUUUUGUUAUUGACCAAAUACUUAUUUUCCACCAUAAUUUGCAAAUAAAUUCAUUAAAAAUCCUACAAUGUGAAUUUCUGGAUUUUUUUCCCUCAUUUUCUCUGUCAUAGUUGACGUGUACCUAUGAUGAAAAUUACAGGCCUCUCUCAUAUUUUUAAGUGGGAGAACUUGCACAAUUGGUGGCUGACUAAAUACUUUUUUUCCCCACUGUAUGUGACGUAUGUUUAUUUGUACAGUAUUAUUAUGUCCUCAUAUAGGAUUUGAACUCACAACCUCUUGGCCACAGCAUUGCAAUCUUCUUGCUAUGCCACUACGUCUGUGUCGAUUACUAAUUUCACCUGUAUAAUAGGUAAUGAAUGUGUAGGGGACUUCUGCGUAUGCAUGCAGAUACAAAUUAUUGGGUGGAUGGCGUGUUUAUCAACGACCCAAUUUUUUAAAAAUAAUUUAAAACUAGGUUGGAAACUUUUUAAUGAGUAACGUUUUAUCCACUGUGUGAUUGGAGAAGUAUUCAUUUUGUGCAAUGACAUACAUCUCUGAUUCUGAAUCAAGUGGUUGUACAUCAUUGCAAUAUGUUUGCCUCUGAGGUUCAUUAACUACUUCAUAGAAAUAUAUAACCCCUUCUUUUCUUGUGCCAACCCCUUCCCUAUUCGUGCCAACAGAAAUGUGUAAGUCAUCUGCCCGUAUCUUAAAAGUGUCAAAUCUGUCUCUGACCAGAAAUGCCCCCUCGUAGAUUUUGUGCCUGAGUGACAUAUUACAGAGCUCAAUCUGUACAUCUGUUUCUUGUUGCCAACAACUGGGAAUCCAAUUGUACUGGGUUGAAAAAUGCAGUCUCUCUUAACUGUACCAUUUUCUGCUAUACGGGGCACAAAAAUAACAAGAAUAUCCGGUGUGGUGAUUCAAACAGUCUGUCUAAUCAAUACACCAUCACAUUGACUGCAUUUUGUGGGUGCACCUCCUUUAGUGAUUAAUUGCCUGUAUAGAAUAUCAAGCGAUGAUAUGUCUGUAUUUAGUCAAACCUGAAAAAUGUAGCUGAAGUAAUGCUCAUUGUGUGAGAUGCUGUAUUUGCAAGUUUCACAGCUAUCAGUAUGCAUAGCACUGACCAUUUUUUUGAUGCCCAAAUCUUGUAACCAGGGGAGUAAUUGAUAUAUAAAAUCAAGUGAGUCAUUAUGCUGACCUAUUACCAGUGAUGGAAUGGUCUGGUUUAUCACUAUCAAAACUUGCUCUAACUCACAGUGCUUAAAGAUGUGUCCAGGCCUCUGAACUGCAGACAACAAUGAAUUUUUCCUCCCCACUCUGUGUUUGAUUGGUGUUUUUGUACAGUGGGGAAAAAAGUAUUUAGUCAGCCACCAAUUGUGAAAGUUCUCCCACUUUCGUCAUAGGUACACGUCAACUAUGACAGACAAAUUGAGAAAAAAAAAUCCUGAAAAUCACAUUGUAGGAUUUUUUAUGAAUUUAUUUGCAAAUUAUGGUGGAAAAUAAGUAUUUGGUCACCUACAAACAAGCAAGAUUUUUGGCUCUCACAGACCUGUAACUUCUUCUUUAAGAGGCUCCUCUGUCCUCCACUCGUUACCUGUAUUAAUGGCACCUGUUUGAACUUGUUAUCAGUAUAAAAGACACCUGUCCACAACCUCAAACAGUCACACUCCAAACUCCACUAUGGCCAAGACCAAAGAGGUGUCAAAGGACACCAGAAACAAAAUUGUAGACCUGCACUAGGCUGGGAAGACUGCAUCUACAAUAGGUAAGCAGCUUGGUUUGAAGAAAUCAACUGUGGGAGCAAUUAUUAGGAAAUGGAAGACAUACAAGACCACUGAUAAUCUCCCUCGAUCUGGGGCUCCACGCAAGAUCUCACCCCGUGGGGUCAAAAUGAUCACAAGAACGGUGAGCAAAAAUCCCAGAACCACACAGGGGGACCUAGUGAAUGACCUGCAGAGAGCUGGGACCAAAGUAACAAAGCCUACCAUCAGUAACACACUAAGCCGCCAGGGACUCAAAUCCUGCUGUGCCAGACGUGUCUCCCUGCUUAAGCCAGUACAUGUCCAGGCCCGUCUGAAGUUUGCUAGAGUGCAUUUGGAUGAUCCAGAAGAGGAUUGGGAGAAUGUCAUAUGGUCAGAUGAAACCAAAAUAGAACUUUUUGGUAAAAACUCAACUCGUCGUGUUUGGAGGACAAAGAAUGCUGAGUUGCAUCCAAAGAACACCAUACCUACUGUGAAGCAUGGGGGUGGAAACAUCAUGCUUUGGGGCUGUUUUUCUGCAAAGGGACCAGGACGACUGAUCUGUGUAAAGGAAAGAAUGAAUGGGGCCAUGUAUCGUGAGAUUUUGAGUGAAAACCUCCUUCCAUAAGCAAGGGCAUUGAAGAUGAAAAGUGGCUGGGUCUUUCAGCAUGACAAUGAUCCCAAACACACCGCCCGGGCAACGAAGGAGUGGCUUCGUAAGAAGCAUUUCAAGGUCCUGGAAUGGCCUAGCCAGUCUCCAGAUCACAACCCCAUAGAAAAUCUUUGGAGGGAGUUGAAAGUCCGUGUUGCCCAGCAACAGCCCCAAAACAUCACUGCUCUAGAGGAGAUCUGCAUGGAGGAAUGGGCCAAAAUACCUGCAACAGUGUGUGAAAACCUUGUGAAGACUUACAGAAAACGUUUGACCUGUGUCAUUGCCAACAAAGGGUAUAUAACAAGCCUCUUAAAGAAGAAGUUACAGGUCUGUGAGAGCCAGAAAUCUUGCUUGUUUGUAGGUGACCAAAUACUUAUUUUCCACCAUAAUUUGCAAAUAAAUUCAUUAAAAAUCCUACAAUGUGAUUUUCUGGAUUUUUUUUCCUCAUUUUGUCUGUCAUAGUUGACGUGUACCUAUGAUGAAAAUUACAGGCCUCUCUCAUAUUUUUAAGUGGGAGAACUUGCACAAUUGGUGGCUGACUAAAUACUUUUUCCCCCCACUGUAGCACUGUGUGUCCAAGAAUUUAGGACAAGCAGCAUUGGGUGUGGCUUUCCCAAAAACAUAAAGAAUUUAUUUGGGAAACUCACCCCUUCCUGAUUUGCUCUAGGUGAGUGCUGUGUGCAGAGGGUGGCUGUCAUUAGCUGUGCUGCCCCUCAUUUUCUCCAGAACUACCCUCUCACACAGCCACCAGGGGUGUAUUCAGAGAGGUAAAACAUUAAGAACGAUGCAGAUAGAAAAACAAUUUAUAGAUGUGGCAUGACACCCAGUUCUACGUGAAUUCUACGUGAAAGAUAAGUAUAGCUGUUCUACAUAACACAUUUCUAUCUGAACGUCCUUUAACGUUGCACUCUCCUGAAUAGACACCCGGUCCUCCGCUGUUGCAUCAGCAAAGACAGAUUGGCUGCCUGCCAAGGAGAACGCUGCAGUUUCUUCAGGCUCUGUUUUGUCAGUCCAUUUAGCCAGGCUAUCGAGCUGAAGGUGAAGACUGACUGUUUCACACUGCAUUAGAAAGACAUCAUGCUACAUGAUGUCUCAGUCACCCCUGAGCGUUAUUGCAGAAAAUACAGGUCAAGAUUUGCUUCAGGGUAAGUCAUCUGCAGCAUCUAUUCACCUAGAGCAUACCUCUUUGUUUCUGUUGAAAGGGGAGAAUAUGUCCUCAAUGUUUUGACUGCAGCAGUGAUGGAUGCUGUGUUUCGUCCCUCUGUUGGUUGACACAUGGUAUUGCUUUCACUGUUACAGGAAUGUCUGUGUGAAGGUGCUGCAGAGGUGCUGUACUGCACUUAGUCAAUUCUACCACAUGGUGGCAACAUCAAGCCUAUGCUCACUUCAACAUACAAUGAUUAACCUUUGUUUGUUUGACUAUUCUUGGGACACUCUGUUACCAGGCUAUAGGUGCCUCUGACAGUUUCCUGUCUAAGGCUCUGAGGAAGGUGUCUGACAUGCCUGAAUGCAAGCCGGUUUGUUUGUCCCGUCGAUAAACCUCAAAGAUCAUUGCAGACAUCUGUGUUCCUUUUUCUUUUUCUGGGAUAUUCACCAUGUGAAGUGUCCUGGGGUAAGAUGUUUUUAUGGAUUCCUGAGUUCCUCAGUUGAGGAUCUUUGUCCCUUUUUAUUGAAAUUGGGUUAAAGUGUAUCUGGGUGUCUCAUUUGUCUCCUUGCAUCUUUCCCAGGUGACCUAAGUAAACAAUAAUGUGGCUCUGGGCGCUGCUUCCAAUCUGCUUGGCGGUGUUUGGCACUGUGGGAAUAUGGGUGGUGUGAGUAUCUAACAGACUGGUCUGCUCUCCAGCUACUUGUCUGGAUAGAAUAAUAGUGUGGUCUUAUGCUACGGUACAAUGAGAUGGUGUUGAUGAUAAGAAACGUAUUAUCAGUGCAAAUAACAAACAGAACAUGUAUGUCAUGAGAGCAAGAAAAUAAUCACUGAAGUAUUGAUAUACUAACGACAGUUCUUGUUCUUCCCAGGUUUGGUAUCGCUGUUUCAAAUGAGACUGUUAAUAUCACAGUGAGAUUCCCCUACAUCAGGUAAGAGUGACGCUGGUCUUUACAACACUGUAAAGGGUUUACCCUGAAUUUCACUGUGUGUUUGGACUAUGUCAAUAGAGGCACUACCACAGACCAGUUAAACUGGUAUAACCACUAACAAAACAGGAAAUGUUAAUGAGCCCACAACACCACAAUACCAUGCACACACUGGUGGCUCUUUGUUUUAAAGUCAAUGUUUCAUUACCAAGUCAUUUCUAGUUUGUAAAGAAUUAAAAUGUGAAUAUGUCUUCUAGUGAAUGCGGCACCUAUGAUCCACAGAGCUGUAUCUUUUCCCAGGUCUGCAACAUCUGUGCUGUCUUGAGUAAGUGAAUUUGUUCAGCACUUACAGGUUGGUUCAUACCACUUUAUUAUUCUUGUCUUUCGUAACCUCAACCUUCUUCUUCCUUAUAUCCUCCCCACUCCACCCUUCUCUACACCCCCCCCCCCCCCCCCUCUCUCUCUCUCUCUCUCUCUCUCUCUCUCUCUCUCUCUCUCUCUCUCUCUCUCUCUCUCUCUCUCUCCCCCUAUCUCUGUCUGUCAGUCCUGUGGAUCGUGGUGAUCCGGUUUCAGCAGGUCAGGGACUAUGGUCAGAACAGCAAGGUGAACUUCGCCAGCAUUGUACUGGGCUGCAUCUCAUCUCUGGGCAUCUCCAUCCUCAGCAGCUUCCGGGUAUCGCUUUACGAUUACAAUAGGAUAAUAUAACUAUCCUAGCAUGUUCCCAUAAAAAGAUGACAUAUUGAUAUACCCUGAUAUAUUUUUGACAAUAUCCUACCUCGCUCUUUCCCUCUCACCACCAUUCCUCUCUCCAUCAAUCUCUUUCAGCAAUCUGUGUUGUUUGGCAUCCAUGUGUUCGGGGCUUUUCUGGCCUUCUUUGUGGGCCUGGCCUACUUCUGGUUGCAGGUGUGGCUCACCUAUAAAGUCCAGCCCUCUAAAGACCGUCGUUGGGUGGGGCCUCUCAGAGCUGCCCUCUGUAGCAUCUGCACCAUCUUGGUCAUCACAAGUAUCCUUUAACACCAGAUCUAUCAGCUGAAAUCAGAAAGAGGGGAGAGCACAAGGGGAGUGCUCGACGAUCCAAGAUCAACACAGCUGAAUGGUGAUCCAGGAUCAACACAGCUUAAUGAUGAUCCAGGAUCAACACAACUAAAUGACAAUCCAGGAUCAACACAGCUAAUUGUAAAUGAUAAAAAAAACAAUAAUCCAAAAUCAUGCUUCUUUACCUGAAUAUACAGUGAAAACAUUGCACAUAAAAAAUGAUAUCCUAAACUGUAUGUCCUUCCUAAAAACGACGAUAUUUUAGACAUUAAGGUCACCUGUUUGGGUUGUGCUCUUUGACUCCCCUUUCCUUCUCAGUGGCCAUAGGUCUACUCUUUGAUACUGGCUACAGCUCAAUGGCGUCCAUUUCUGAGUGGGCUCUGGUCAUGUGCUUCUUUGUCCUAUUUGGUGUCUUUGCAUCCGAGUUCCGUCACAUCAACUGUCACCAGCUCACCGUGCAGAACCAAGGCCUCAGCAAGACCCAGAGCAUCAACAGCGGUGGGAUCAUAAUGAACAAUAGAACAGCCAACAGAACAGUAAUGUAAUAAUGAUAUAAUAAUUGAACGUUCAAGCUCUGACUGAUGAAGCUCUGACUGAUGAAGCUCUACAUAAGUGUACAUAUUUUAAACCUAUUGUUGAAUAAAAUACUACUUUUUUUUGAUGCGGCA